GCCCUACUCACCAAGAGCUUUCCAAGUGGACCGAUGUCAGUAAUAAGUGUGUCAUCCAGCAAAAGAAAAUCUGCUAAGGAUUCCAAAGCCCAAAAGCUUAACGACAUUGAACAAUACGUGGACCAAUUGAAGAGUCGGCUCAAGAGCUCCGAGGAUCUUCUCCCAUUGACAAACCUAACACUCACCGAUCUGCAAGCCAGAAUACGUCACAGACACAUCAGUCCAUCCGACUUGCUACAUGCGUUUCAGGCGAAAGCGGUUCAGCUUAUGGAGAAAGGUAAUUCCGGUAUCUGCGAAUUUGUCCGUGAGGCUGAGCGGCAGGCAAAAGAGUUGACCAUCAGCGCGUCUUUCCAUUCAGACUUGUAUGGAAUCCCAAUAAGCGUCAAAGAGUUGUGUUGUAUACAGGGUUACGAUGCCACAUUUGGCCUGCUAAGGCGCUGCGGAAAACCUGCCGAGGAAGAUUGUGUUGUCGUCAAAGUGUUGAAGAAAGCAGGCGCCAUCCCGUUUGUAUUGACUGCCACUUCCCAAAUGGCCUUGACUACUAGUGGAAUAAAUCCUGUCUUCGGUAACAUGUGGAAUCCGUACUCGGUGGAUCGCGAACCCGGGGGUAGUUCCAACGGCGAGGCGGUACUCUUGGUCCAAAGGGGAUCUCCGCUUGGUAUCGGGACCGAUUUGGCGGGUAGUAUUCGCAUACCGUGUGCAUUUUGUGGUCUGACCGGCUUGAAGCCCACAUCCAAGCGACUGAGCAAUCGCGGUAUAGCUGAGCUGUUCCCAAAUUCGGUGGUGGGCUUGACGGUGGUUGCCGGACCAAUGGGCCAUCGAGUGAGCGACUUGGUCAAGGCAAUGCGUUCGCUACUGCAUCCGUUGAUGUCCCAGCUGGAUCCUGCUGUCCCGGACUUGCCUUUUAACGAGACGCUUUAUAAAGGCCGCGAUAAAGCGAGAUUGGUCAUAGGGUUCUAUGAAACACUGGCGGAUCCGAAGGUUGUACAAACCGUACCAUCGGUCAGACGUGCUGUGCAUGAGGCAGUGGAACGUUUGCGGCAACAUGGACACGACAUCGUUCGAUUCGACCCACCGGAACCCCGCAAGGCACUCAAGCUGGGAUCCAAAGCCUUGGCUGCGGUUGGAGGCAAAGCAGUACGGAAAAGUCUGUCACAUGAACCUUUGAACGAAUACACGAAGCCAGUGAAACAAUUGCUUGAAUUACCCUCGGGCUUCUUGCCAUUGGCGGAAUCGGUAAUUCGCAAAAAAAUCGGAGAACCAGCGGUUUUGACCGAGAUCGCUCGGGGAGUGUCCACAGUCAGUAAACUUACCGAUCUACUGCAGCAGUUACAAGACUAUCGAAAACAAUUUGAAGCUGCCUGGAUGCGACCGCACAACAUCGACGUACUUGUCUGUCCCGUAUGGGCAUUCCCUGCAUACAAACGUGGACUCUCACCAUUCUACGCUAACCCACCAGUAAUCUAUUGUUUUUUGUACAACAUUGUUGACUACCCCGCAGGCGUGGUGCCCAUGGGUAAGGUUAACCAAAAUGAUACUCAACAGGCCAAUAAGUGGGCGGAAGAUUACAAAAUUAGCGGUGAUUCAUUCCAUGAAGAAGUGAUGCGGAGCCAAUUGGGCACUGAAGGGUUACCACUUAGUGUGCAAGUGGUGGGUAAGCCUUUGCAGGAAGAGCUGGUGUUGCGUGUGCUGAAGGAACUAGAGUCUAGGUAGGGUGGACAACUUCACUUGAUGUGCUGUAUGUACAUUUUUUAUGUGGCAGUGGUAACAUGCUGUCCAACUUCCAUGUUGAUAUCUUUUUGUUGUUUACCAAAAUGACCUCUUCAUCUUUGGACCAGACCGACCGAACAAUGUUCUUAUGGAUUUGUAAAACAAGAUGUGCAAACGUGUAUUUAUAUUUCGCCAUACCUGACGAUACCUGAUUGUACAGGUCUUUCCGCUUUCGUUUCUGACAAUGAAUUCAUUGAUUGAAUGGUGUGAAAUGAUAUGAGCGCCUCCAUCAGAAGAAAUGUAGCCAUUGAACAU